UUUUGGGUUGUUGGUCCCGGCGGCGGUCUGCGGGCGGGCGGAGAAGCGUAACGCAAUGGCGACCUUUGUGAGCGAGCUGGAGGCGGCCAAGAAGAACUUGAGCGAGGCCCUGGGGGACAACGUGAAACAGUACUGGGCUAACUUAAAGUUAUGGUUCAAGCAGAAGAUCAGCAAAGAAGAGUUUGACCUUGAAGCGCAUAGACUUCUCACACAGGAUAACGUUCAUUCCCACAACGACUUCCUCCUGGCUAUUCUCACGCGUUGUCAGAUUUUGGUGUCUACACCAGAAGGUGCUGGAUCCUUGCCCUGGACAGGGGGUUCCGCAGCCAAACCGGGGAAACCCAAAGGAAAGAAGAAGCUGUCUUCAGUUCGUCAGAAAUUUGAUCAUAGGUUUCAGCCUCAAAACCCCCUCUCAGGAGCCCAGCAGUUUGUGGCCAAGGAUCCCCAAGAUGACGACGACCUGAAGCUUUGCUCCCACACGAUGAUGCUCCCUACUCGGGGCCAGCUGGAAGGGAGGAUGAUCGUGACGGCCUAUGAGCACGGGCUGGACAACGUCACCGAGGAGGCGGUCUCCGCCGUCGUCUGUGCCGUGGAGAAUCACCUAAAAGACAUUCUGGCAUCAGUGGUGUCCAGAAGGAAAGCUUAUCGGUUACGAGAUGGUCAUUUUAAAUACGCCUUUGGCAGUAACGUAACUCCACAACCAUAUCUGAAGAACAGUGUCAUGGCCUACAACAAUUUAAUAGAAAGCCCGCCAGCCUUUACUGCUCCGUGUGCCGGGCAGAACCCGGCCUCUCACCCGCCUCCCGACGAUGCCGAGCAGCAGGCCGCGCUCCUGCUGGCGUGCUCCGGGGACACACUGCCCGUGUCCUUGCCACCGGUGAACAUGUAUGACCUUUUUGAAGCUUUGCAGGUACACAGAGAGGUGAUCCCUACACAUACAGUGUAUGCUCUCAACAUUGAAAGGAUCAUCAUGAAACUCUGGCACCCAAAUCACGAAGAGCUGCAGCAGGACCAAGUUCACCGCCAGCGCCUAGCAUCCAAGGAGGGGCUUUCGCUCUGCUGAGUAAGGGUGUGAGGGUGUGGGGCCUUCAGCAAACGGAUGACCGAGAAUGGAAUGUUUUUGGGGUCCACAUUUCUAGGCUGAAGUGUAUAGUGUAUAUAUAACCUUUCCUAUGGAAACGUGACAGUACAUGUUGUGUUGCUACUGUGAAGCCAUUAACAGACACCUGACUUUGGUAAUGACUCGUGUGAGGGCGCACGUGUGAGAGAAGAGAGAUCACCCCUGUUAUGGGAACAAGAGCCACCGGAUACGUUCUGGAGAUGGUAGGCAUCUGGGGUCUAGUAUCCUAUGGUCUGCGAUGAGGUAGAUGACAUCCUAGGGGGGGACAAGCUGUUAUGACUUAGUUCCCAUGAUCAGCCGAACCUCCACAUCAUAUAUUGUGUAUCUGCCAAAAUAAAAUCCUCUGCCUUUCUGCUGAAGAACCGUGGCCUUGCAUCUUGACUGAGAUAACCUCCACAGUGUUAAACGUCUGUGCAGUGUAGUGAAUCGCUUAAUGCUGCCUUUCUAGCUGUAGUCUUUGUAACUCCCACCAAAUGACUAGGGACUGUAUAAAUGAGGUGCUUCUGGCCCACCGAGGGGAUUGGACAGCUUGCUAAUAAAGUGAAUACAGUGCAUGGUACCUUUGGUUAAACCGUGUUAAUGAGGUGCCGAGUCACCCGGAGGUGGACAGGGGAACCUCAUAGCCACCCAAGAAAGAAGGGCCCGGAGUAGAGGGCAUCUUUUGGAUCUGGGACCCUUGUACUGAGAACCUCCUAGCCCAAGGAGACAGGGCUAUCACCACAGAUGGUAAGAGACAACCUAAAGCAGAGGCGGCAGAACCAGGAGGUUGGCAGGAGGCGGCAUGGUAGGUUUCCUGGGCCAUGGAGAGCGAAAACUGAGCACCUUUCGGCCGGAAGUUCACUGGGCAAGUGGUGUCUCCAGGCCCUUACUGGUGGAGCUAGAGUUCUGUAUGGCUCGCUUAAGAAGAGCAGAGGGUAAAGGACCUCAGAGUUCACAGUCAGAGAGAGGCGUGCUUGUAGGCACGAGUGAGACUGAAGACUUGUAUCCUGAAUCAUUGCUCAGCAUGAAAUGUAACCUAUUAACUUCCCUAAUAAAUUCCAUAAUUGUGAA